UUAGCCCUUGGGCUUGUGUUAAAGUUACUGAAAUAACGAUUCAGCGCCGUUUGAAUGUCCAGAGUCUGAAUGCAAGGGAGUGGAGCAACUUUGCCGGAAGAUACAACGCCUUUUGGUUUUUUGGGAGAUGGAAGCGCCGUAAGCAAUUCCUCCAGGGAAACUUUUCUGCAGAAGAGUCGCGUAAACGUUGCGCUGUUUGAAGACCUUUAUCUGAGGAGCUGAAUGCACAAGCUGUUAAAGCUUGAGAUGAAAUUAACUGGGGGUGGAGAGUCUUCCGCAGCAAAGUUUCGUAAGCUGACAAAGGUUACAUCAAAUAUGACUACGUGCAUCUUAGAAGCCCAAAGGAACAGCAAGAUGUCAACCUAACACUCGCACUCCCUGUCAGGGCCAGUCCAGGAAACCAUGCAGUCAUCUGGGCAUCGGUUCCGUGACGUCGAGCAUCACCCGCUGCUUGCUGAGAACGACAACUAUGACUCCUUGCCGUCGGAGUCCGACGCGGCCGAGCGAGUCUGGUUCAUCCGCGACGGAUGCGGGAUGGUGUGCGCGCUGAUGACGUGGCUCCUCGUCGUCUACGCGGACUUCGUGGUGGUGUUCGUCAUGCUGCUCCCUUCCAAAGACUUCUGGUACUCCUUCAUCAACGGGGUGCUUUUCAACUGCUUGGCGGUGCUCGCCCUGUCCUCCCACCUGCGGACGAUGCUGACUGAUCCCGGGGCCGUUCCCAAAGGAAACGCCACAAAAGAAUACAUGGAGAGCUUGCAGCUGAAGCCGGGAGAGGUGAUCUACAAGUGUCCGAAGUGCUGCAGCAUCAAACCAGAGCGUGCGCAUCAUUGCAGCAUUUGCAAGCGAUGCAUCCGGAAGAUGGAUCAUCACUGUCCGUGGGUGAAUAACUGCGUGGGCGAAAGGAACCAGAGGUUUUUUGUGCUUUUUACUAUGUACAUAGCUCUGAUUUCAGCUCAUGCCCUCAUCCUGUGUGGGUUUCAGUUUUUCUCCUGUGUGCGAGGACAGUGGAUCGAAUGCAGUGACUUUUCCCCACCUGUGACUGUGAUCCUGCUGAUAUUCUUGUGCCUUGAGGGUUUUCUGUUUCUUACGUUCACCGCGGUCAUGUUUGGCACUCAGAUCCACUCGAUAUGCAAUGAUGAAACGGAGAUUGAAAGACUGAAGAGCGAGAAACCCACUUGGGAACGGAGGCUACGCUGGGAAGGAAUGAAAUCGGUCUUUGGCGGCCAGCCUUCUCUGCUAUGGAUAAAUCCUUUUGCUGGAUUUCGAAUUAGACAGCUGGUGCUAAGAGCCAAGAAAGGUGGUCCAGAGUUUUCUGUUUGAGCCUGCCCAAUCAUGCUGGAACUUGCAAAAAAAAAAAAAAAAAAAGUAGUAUAUUGUAUUUAUUUUGGGCACCAGCAAAAGAGAGGGAAAGAAAGCUGCCACCUGUGACCAGUGAAGAUUGACCCACAUGAACCAUUUUGCUUGUAGCAAGCAGAAUUUUAUACAUUUAUAGUCACAGACAUCUCAUUAACUCUCAGAAGUGUAAACUGGAUAUACUCCCGCACAUAGUUUUUGAGCAAGAGAAGCAAACAGAUCCAAGGAGGGUGGAUCGUCACACUAAAGAAGCCAAACUAUCGUCUUUACUACUGUAACUUAUUCUUUUAGAGGAUUAAUUGUGCAUUUAUUUUUGUCAACCCCCUUCUCUUUGACGUGUGUGUGCUUUUUUUUAAAGAGUUGAUCUGUGCUGUUUCAUGAAACUGUGUGCCAAGAAGGCACAGUUGUCAAUUAUGACACAAAUGCUGGAAAUGAUUACCAAAAGCAAUCCAUUUCAUCCUGAUACUUAUCAGGCGACCAUUAAGGACCCCCAUCAUGUAACAUUUUUUCUUUGUCUUGAGAUCCCUCUGAGCUGUAUCUCUGCAUGUGAAUAUCUCUACGGGCCCAUGAUUUAUGGCAUAACCAAAAACAUAAAGUUAACCCGUGUCCGGAAUUUCCUUCUUCUCACUAGAUGCCUUUUUAGGAUUAAAUUUAGGAUGCUAAAUAUGCCGCGGUCAUUUGGCAGUGCCAUAUCCCGCCCCCAGAUAUUUGUGCCAGUUUGCUGGUCAUAAUCGCUUCAGGAACUCAUUUUCUGCCACAGUGGUGCAUCUGAGGACGGCUUUUUGUCUUUAUGCAAGGGAAAAGUGGGACCAACGACAGAAGAUCCCGUGAAAUGAAUGUGUUGAUGGUUGGAAGUCCAGCCCCCAAAAUCUCUGUUGCUUUUCGUCUGUCCUUGCAGAAAUUGGUUGCAAAAUAGGCCUGCAGGACCCAGGGCAGAACCAGGGAACUUGCUAUUCCAAGUGAGAAUGUUUUUGUCAUUAUACUCCCCCAAUUCUUCAAGAGACGUGUAGUUCGCCAAGCGAACUUGCACCCAGAUCCAGGCGUGCCGUUUGGAGAUCAGUCAUGCUGAUUCCAGACAGCCUUCAAUGCCGGUGCGUCACUCUCCACUUGAGCACACCAGUGUCUGUGCAUAGAGACCUCCACAGAGGCGCUUCUGAGUGUGUGAACUGGCCCCUCCUGAAGUGGCUGCUGGGAAGGCAGGACGGCUCAGUAGACAUCAGAGCUCCCACACAGGCCGGGAGCGCUCAAGAGGGACCAUGAGUGUGUGUCGCAUUGUGCCGCCUGUGAUUCUCGACAUCUCCUUGGAGCCGUGCCAGCCUGACCGCGUUGUUUCAUCGCAGCGGCAUUUGUUUGCCAUUACAAACGGAAAGCUGCUCGCUGCAGGCACAACUGCUCCCGAGCUGCUCGAACGAGUUGCGUAAAAGCAGUUUUCUGGCCCCGUGUAGCAAGAAGCCGCCGCAUGCUUCUCUCUGAAAUCUGAGAGUACUGAAUUCUCUAAAUAGAAUAAGCUCAAAAUAAUCCCAAAUUGGUCUGUUCCUUUGUUUUUCCCAUCCUCCGUUCCUUUAAUGUCACCCAAUAAUUCAGCAUCGGGGAGACAAUCUAAAUUUUGAGCCUGCCUUUGCCUUGGCUAAAAAAAAUCUUCCUGUGUUUAAAUUUGCCUUAAAUAUAUCGGGGCCAAGGUUUUGCUUCCAAGCUUAAGGACACGUUCACCCCAACAUCUCCCACACCUGGAGAGCGACUCCAUUCCGUGCUUAGAAAAUGGCAGGAGAAUUUCCAUGAUAAAAGCAGGCUAGGAAACUUGACCUCAUGUGCUUUUCUUUUCUCUUCAUGAAAGCCCCCUUUUGAAUUCCAGCCCACACGUUAAUUCAGCCUUCAACAGAAGUUUAAAUUUUCCUGUAAUUCCCUGCAACUGUAUGACUUGUAGGGGGCCAGGAGUACAGACUGGUUGCAGCAAGAGUCCUCCAAAUUCACUCGCCUACACAGAGGUGCAUCAUCACAGUCUGUUCUCAACUGUGGUUCUUGCGUACGCAUGUGAAUGUUCACAGCUCUUUUGGGGCCAUGCAGCAAGCUGAUGAAUGAAAUUUGACGCGGAUGCCUAAAAAUAUGCAGUGAGUUCAAGGAGAUCCUUUCCUGUUUCUGUUUCGCACCUUCGCCUCAUUGGGGAACCGGUUAUAUCUGCCUUUAUCACAAGAACCUUCUUAUGUACGCCAUUUGAUGAAGUGUAACCUCUGGAACUCGGCAAACCCCCCUUAAAGCAGCUGACCCGUGUGUGACUUAGCAAGUGUGUGUGGUGUGCGUAUGAAAAUGGAGUAUCUUGGCUUUUCCGAUCCUUAUUCUGUUGUAACUUUUUUAAAAAUGUAAAAUAAAGUAACCAAAAGAAGG